AUGCCUUUUCCCUUGUCUUCACUAGCUCGCACGGCCUCUGCGCCGGUGGCACGUCAGUCUACCCUUUUAUUGCGCUCUAGCAUUGCUCGCACCAACGCUCCUGUCGCUACCCUCGUGUCUAUUCGUAAGGCCUCUUCUAGCACCACUAAAGGUGAACAAGUGGUCGCCAAAGAUGCCUUUCUACAGGGCAACUCGGCUGCUUAUGUUGAGGAGAUGUAUUCUGCUUGGCUCAAGGACCCUUCUUCUGUUCACCUCUCGUGGCAGAUCUACUUCAGGAACCAGUCCCAGGGCAUGUCUGCCUCUCAAUCCUUCCAGGCUCCUCCUACCAUUCCUCCAACUGGUGGUGUUCCCUCUUUGGUACCCGGCUCCCAGGCUGGAUCCUCGGAUGUCAUUGAUCAUCUAAAGAUCCAGUUAUUAGUCCGUGCAUACCAGGUUCGUGGCCAUCACGUUGCUCGUCUGGAUCCUCUCGGCAUCAAUGAGGCCGACUUGAGUGCUGUCAUACCACGUGAAUUGGACAUCACUCACUAUGGUUUUUCAGAGAAAGAUCUUGACCGCACCUUCUCUCUCGGACCAGGCAUCCUUCCAGGUUUCCUUGACACAGGAAGCAAACAAACGCUCCGUGAGAUUAUUGAUCAUCUCAAAACUAUCUACUGCGGCUCUAUUGGUGUCGAAUACAUUCAUAUUCCUGAUAGAGACCGCUGCGACUGGAUUCGACACCGUGUCGAGGUUCCUCGUCCUUAUAAGUAUACCAUCGAGGAGAAAACCAUGAUCCUUGACCGCAUGAUCUGGUCUGAUUCAUUUGAACGCUUUGUUGCAUCAAAGUAUCCCAGCGAAAAACGUUUUGGCCUUGAGGGAGGCGAGAGUUUGAUUCCCGGAAUGAAAGCACUGAUUGAUCGAUCUGUCGAGCAUGGUGUCGAGUCUAUUGUCAUGGGAAUGCCUCAUCGUGGUCGUCUCAACGUUUUGUCCAAUGUUGUACGCAAACCCCACGAGUCCAUCUUCUCAGAAUUUAGUGGUAAUUCUGCUCAGGACGGAUUCUCUGGAGAUGUCAAGUACCACUUGGGGAUGAAUUAUGAGCGUCCUACUCCCUCGGGCAAGCCCGUUCAAUUGUCUUUGGUCGCAAACCCUUCGCAUUUAGAAGCUGCAGAUGGCGUCGUCCUCGGGAAGACUCAUGCCAUUCAACAUUACAUGGAUGAUAAAGAAAGAACUCGCUCACUCGCUGUUCUUUUGCAUGGUGAUGCUGCCUUUGCAGGACAGGGCGUCGUCUAUGAAACCCUCGGAUUCAUGGAUUUGCCUGCUUACUCGACUGGAGGUACCAUUCACAUUGUUGUCAACAACCAGAUUGGCUUCACCACUGACCCCCGCUUCGCUCGUUCGACUGCUUACUGUACCGACAUUGCAAAAUCGAUCAACGCUCCUAUCUUCCAUGUCAAUGCUGAUGAUGUCGAGGCUGUCAACUUUGUUCAUCAGUUGGCUGCUGACUGGCGCAAGGAAUUCCACACCGAUGUUGUUAUUGAUCUUGUCUGUUACAGACGUCAUGGACACAAUGAGACUGAUCAACCCAGCUUCACUCAGCCCAUCAUGUACAAAGCUAUUGAGCAUCAGACUCCCGCCUUAAAUAACUACAUUGAUAAGCUCAUCAAGGAAGGCUCUUUCAAGGAGGAGCAGAUCAACGAAAUGAAGAAGCGCAUCUGGGACAUUCUUGAGGAAAACUAUUCUAAGAGCAAGGACUACAAAGCCCAACCUAAGGAAUGGAUGACCAGCUCAUGGCAUGGAUUCAAAUCUCCUGCUGAGCUGGCUACAGAAAUUCUUCCCACGUUCCCCACUGGUGCUGCUAUGGAGACCCUGAAGCAUGUUGGAAAUACCAUUAGCUCGUAUCCUCCUGGCUUCAAGAUUCACUCCAAUUUGGCCCGCAUCAUGAAGGCUCGUGCCAAGACCAUUGAGACUGGCUCCAACAUUGAUUGGGCCACUGCCGAGGGCUUGGCUUUCGGCACUUUGCUCUCAGAGGGCAAACACAUCCGUUUGGCUGGUCAAGAUGUUGAACGUGGAACUUUCUCGCACCGUCAUGCUGUCCUUCACGACCAGGAGACUGACAAGCUCCAUGUCCCUCUCAAGAAUCUUGGUCACGGUCAAGCUGCUUUCUCAGUCAGCAACUCGUCACUUUCCGAAUUUGGUGCCCUUGGCUUUGAGCUUGGAUAUUCACUUGUCAACCCUAACUCGCUUAUUCUCUGGGAAGCUCAAUUCGGAGACUUUGCCAAUAAUGCUCAAUGUAUCAUCGACCAGUUUAUUGCCUCUGGAGAGAAGAAGUGGCUCCAACGUACAGGAUUGACCAUGCUAUUGCCCCAUGGUUAUGAUGGACAGGGUCCUGAGCACUCUAGUGCCCGUAUCGAGCGUUACCUCCAAAUGUGUGAUGACAAUCCCAACCAGUUCCCGUCGGAAGAGAAGCUCUCGCGACAACACCAGGACUGCAACAUGCAAGUGGUCUACUGCUCCACUCCUGCCAACUACUUCCAUGUCCUCCGUCGCCAGAUUCACCGGGACUACCGCAAACCUUUGAUCGUCUUCAACUCCAAGUUGUUGUUGCGUCACCCUAUGGCUCGCUCUUCUUUGGAGGAGAUGACUGGCGAUACUCAGUUCCGACGCUUUAUCCCUGAGGUUGAUGAUAAAAACCUUGUUAGCUCCGAUAAGAUCAAGAAGCACAUUUUCUGCUCUGGUCAAGUCUACUACGCCUUGGUCAAGGCUCGUGAGCAGAACAAGAUUGAUGAUGUAGUUAUUUCUCGCGUUGAGCAGUUGAACCCCUUCCCCUAUGACAGAGUCAAGGAGUACGCUGACAAGUAUCCCAACGCGGAGAUUGUUUGGUGUCAAGAGGAGCCUCUGAACAUGGGCGCUUGGGCCCAUGUUGCUCCACGCAUCCGUACCUCGCUUCGUGAGACUACUAACCAUGCCAACAAAGAAGUUCGUUAUGCUGGUCGUGAGCCUUCUGCUUCUGUCGCCACCGGUAACAAGAAGGUCCAUUUGGCCGAAGAGUAUGCCUUCUUGGCUGAGGCUUUAACUGGUGAGGCCAGGAAACCUUCAGAUGUAGUUGGAGGUGUUCCUGUCUUUUAA